UAGAAAUACAAACAAUUUGUGAUAACCGAUUAACCAUAUAAAAUAGUUUGGAGUCACACAUGACAGAGGAGAAGAUAGUGGGAAAAUGAAAUCUCUUGCUUCAUCUACUUUCACAUUUGUUGCAUCUUCACCACCACUUGAUACCAACAAACUAGUUUAUGUUGUAUCAAAUCUAAACAAGAACUCCCAAUUCAAACUUACUCUAAAGCCCCCACACAAAACAAGAAUUUCAUGUCAAGCUACACAAAAUGAGACUGAUGAAAACAAGAAGACUGACCAUAAUAAAAUGGAAGAUUACAACACUGCCAUGAAAAGAAUGAUGAGAAACCCCUAUGAGUAUCACCAUGAUCUUGGCAUGAAUUAUAAUCUGAUCACAGAAAAUCUAAUUGUCGGCUCUCAGCCUCAAAAACCUGAAGAUAUUGACCAUCUUAAAGAGGAACAAAAUGUUGCCUACAUUCUUAACUUGCAGCAGGACAGUGACGUUGAAUAUUGGGGAGUAGAUUUGGAGUCUAUAAUCAAAAGGUGUAAACAACUUGGAGUCCGCCAUAUGAGAAGACCUGCGAGAGAUUUUGAUGGGGAUUCCUUGAGGAGCAUGUUACCGAAAGCUGUUUCUUCAUUGGAAUGGGCAAUUUCUGAAGGUAAAGGAAGAGUAUACGUACAUUGCACUGCAGGUUUAGGCCGAGCUCCAGCUGUUGCCAUUGCUUACAUGUUCUGGUUCUGUGACAUGGAUUUGAAUACAGCAUACGACACACUUACUGCAAAAAGACCAUGUGGACCGAAUAAAAAGGCUAUUAGAGGGGCUACUUUUGAUUUGGCCAAAAAUGACCCUGGCAAAGAGCCUUUUGAGUCUCUUCCUGAACACGCAUUUGAGAACGUGGCAGACUGGGAGCGAAAACUUAUUCAGGAUCGUAUUCACCAUCUUCGUGGAACUUGAUCGUUCACAUAUACAUAUAUACUUAUGGCAAGUAGAUCAUGAGCAAUAAAAGAAGUUGGUUCUUGUAAGUUGUCAACAAAUCAAUGUUGUAUUUCUCAUUUGCAGUAUGUUACCAACUACAAAUUGAGAAUCAAUAGACAGAAUAAAUGCUUAAUCA